AUGACCUCCGGGGAUAUCGGUCGGUUCUUCGACACGUGGUUUCCUGUAGAAGGGUCGAGCGAUUUGACUGAAGAUAUGAGCGAAGACAUCAGCGAACAUCUGAGCGAUGAUACAAGCGAGGAUAUGAAUGAGAAUAUGAACGGGAACGGGAGUGAUGUGGUGCACAAGAGCUCCAGUGGCAAGCUUGACAUCAAAAUCAACCUUGAACACUUCGUGGACCGUGCGGCCUACAAGUGGUACAAUACACAAGCGACUCCCUAUGAAGUGGACAUCAAACAGCUCCUGGAAUUGGUCAUACACGAACCGGAUUUUCGUUUCUGCUUCUACUCUAACAGAACACCCCCCGAGGGAAUCCGCAGUAGCGUCUCCCUAUUGCGUGCGGCGUGUGGGGUGUUGGUGUGA